AGAGCUCGGCUCGGGGCGGACGCGCAUGAACGCGGGUGAGAAGCGGCGACUGGACGGCGGGCGGCAGCGUGUCCCGCGGGCCGGGCACUCGGGUGCGCUCCGGCGUCCGGUCUGUGUUUCCUGGUCCUCGGGGGCGCUUCCCCCGGUGCUUCCUUUUGCCGUCGGCCUCACUUCCAACCGAAGGUCAGGACGGCAGGCCUCGGCCCCAGGGGCGACCCUUCCACCUGGGAAAGGUGGGCGCGAGCUUCCAGCAGAGACCGCCUUUACCCGCCCCGCGUGGGAAGCGCCAGGAUCGCGAGGAAGCGCGACACGUGCACCGCGACGGCCCAGGCACGGAGCCGCAGGAAGCUGGCACCUGACGCGCCUGCGCCCACCCAACUCGAGUUGGUGGCGCGUCACCUUCCCCUGGGAUCGCCCGCAGCAGGGGCGCCCACGCACGUGCCAGCCCACGUGGCCCCGCCCUAGCGACCGUUGCUAAGGGGCGUGGCUCAGCCGCACGGAACCCGAGCCCCCUGCGACUUAUAAAUAUUUGCGUAUUCAAAUGAGGCCUGGCUCCCGUUGCUAUGGCGCCCAGGCCGCAACCCCGCGGCGGCCGGAAGAACAGCCUGGAGUAGGAGACAGCGCCUGGAGGUGGAGGGCGCCCAGGGCCGAGCUGCCAGGGCCGGACACCUAGGCUGAGCCCUCAGCCGGCCAACUCGCCCGGCACAGGGGCAGCUCUAGACGGGAUGGAGAGGAUGCAUCUUCAGUGUCCACACGUGGUCUACAGAUAAAAGCCAUGGCCAGAACGUUCUAAGUGGCUACAUGUGCAUCUGCCUGUUCACGGAUUCCUUCGACAAAUAUUUGAGCGUCCCCUCCUGCGACUGUGGACAGCAGAGGAGCACGCAGGCCACGUGCAGGCCACGUGCAGCCCACAGCUCUGGGGCGAGGCAGGCCCUCAACUGAACACGUAUAGAGACAGGGUUUCACCGUGUUAGCCAGGAUGGUCUCAAUCUCCUGACCUCAUGAUCUGCCCGCCUCGGCCUCCCAAAGUGCUGGGAUUACAGGCGUGAGCCACUGCGCCCCGCCAGACGUCUUCAUCUUUAAGGGGCAACACCAGGUGACAUGAGAAUGGACCCAGGCUGGGACAGAUCCCGUGGGCCUCGGCCGAGCACCUCCAGCGUCCAGGUGCGGGAGCUGAGCUGGCAAGGCCUGCACAACCCCUGCCCACAGAGCAAGGGCCCUGGCAGUCAGAGGGACAGCCUUGGAGAGCAGCUGGUGGAAGAGUACCUGUCCCCUGCCCGGCUGCAGGCCCUGGCCCAGGUGGAUGACCUUCGGCUGGUGAGGGCGCUGGAGAUGUGUGUGGACACUCGUGAGGGCAGCCUGGGGAACUUUGGGGUGCACCUGCCCAACCUGGACCAACUGAAGCUGAACGGCAGCCACCUGGGCUCCCUGAGGGACUUGGGCACGUCUCUGGGCCACCUGCAGGUGCUGUGGCUGGCUCGCUGUGGCCUCGCUGACCUGGAUGGCAUCGCCUCUUUGCCAGCACUUAAGGAACUCUACGCCUCCUACAACAACAUCUCGGACCUGAGCCCGCUGUGCCUGCUGGAGCAAUUGGAGUUGCUGGACUUGGAGGGCAACAGCGUGGAGGACCUGGGGCAGGUGCGCUACUUGCAGCUGUGCCCACGCCUGGCCAUGCUCACCCUGGAGGGCAACCUGGUGUGCCUACAGCCGGCCCCUGGCCCCACCAACAAGGUGCCCAGGGGCUACAACUACAGGGCAGAGGUGAGGAAGCUCAUCCCCCAGCUGCAGGUCCUGGACGAAGUGCCGGCCACACACACGGGCCCACCGGCCCCCCCGCGGCUGAGCCAGGACUGGCUUGCAGUGAAGGAGGCCAUCAAGAAGGGCAACGGCCUUCCCCCGCUGGACUGUCCCCGUGGAGCCCCCAUCCGGAGACUUGACCCCGAGCUGUCCCUGCCUGAGACGCAGUCCCGGGCCUCCAGGCCCUGGCCCUUCUCCCUGCUGGUCCAUGGGGGCCUCCUGCCUGAAGGCCUGCUUUCUGAGGACCUGGCCCCAGAAGAUAACACCAGCAGCCUCACCCAUGGUGCUGGCCAAGUCCUCUGUGGGAACCCCACCAAGGGCCUGCGGGAGCGUAGGCACCAGUGCCAGGCCAGGGAGCCCCCCGAGCAGCUGCCCCAACACAGGCCAGGAGAUCCGGCCGCCAGCACUUCCACCCCAGAGCCUGACCCUGCAGACAGCUCUGACUUCCUGGCCUUGACUGGGCUUAGGGCCUGGAGGGAACAUGGCGUGCGCCCCCUCCCCUAUAGGCACCCGGAGUCCCAACAGGAAGGGGCUGUAGCCCCCUGGGGCCCACGGAGGGUCCCUGAAGAGCAAGUGCACCAGGCAGAGCCCAAGACUCCCUCCAGCCCCCCAAGCCUGGCCUCAGAGCCCUCCGGGACCUCGAGCCAGCACCUGGUCCCUUCACCUCCCAAGCACCCAAGGCCACGAGAUUCUGGCAGCAGCUCCCCGCGGUGGUCGACAGACCUGCAGUCCAGGGGGCGUCGGCUCCGAGCCCUGGGCAGCUGGGGGCCUGGCCUGGGUGAUGGGGUGGCUGCAGUGCCUGUCCUGAGAGCCCUGGAGGUGGCCUCAGGCCUGAGCCCUCGAGCCCAGGGACGUCCUGGCCCAAAGCCAGCACCAGAUGCAGCAGCUAGACCUCCCAGGGCAGCUGAACUCUCUCACCCCAGCCCCGUCCCCACUUAAUAUAGCCCCCACUGCCAAGCUUGCCUGUGCUGGGGCCACGACUUGCCCACAUAUGUGGUCACAGAGCACAGAAUACCUGGGCGGGUGUGUUGGGGGGUGGAAGGAGUGCCUGGCCCUGGGGAGGACCCUCUUGGUGGAGGGGAGUGGGGGACUGGGACCAGCCAGGGAGGCAGCAGAGGCUGGAACCCAGUUUAGGCCCCCAACUGGGUUUGGCCUGGGGAGGGUGGGUCCGGCUCCCCAGCCCUUCCUUAGGGCCAGGCUUUCCCGCGGGCACGGGGGUGGGGGGUGGUCACCCGAGCAGGCCUGUGAGAGGCCUCUCCUGCUAGAAUUGGGCAUGGCCGAGGGGCAGGGGCUGGAGCUGCGAGUCCACCACUCCCUUGCCGGCCCCAGGGUAAGAGCCACCUCCUAGACCGCAGUGGCCCAAGGUCCCAGCUGCUCGCCUGAGGCCGCCAGGGGUGCGGUCCAGGCCUCCCGUCUCGGGGGAUCUGUAGGGUUCCCGCGCCGCGAUAGGGCGGCCUGUUCCCUCCUCUUGGCGCAGGACGCCCCGGAACCCAAACCAACAUUUCCAGCUCUCAGGUGUACAGAAAUGCGGUUUACUUUGUAGGCCACGUUGGUUCAAUAAAUGAUGCAGCGGACACA